UUCGUUCCGUUCAAUUGCGCAGAUCUGAAAAUCAAUAUAUCUCUCAAUUAGCUCAUUGAUUCAUCAGAUCAGUCGUCAACGGAAAGAAUAAAAUGGACGCCAUAGACAACGUGUUUGAUCCUCUCAGAGAUUUCGCCAAGGACAGUGUUCGCCUUGUCAAGAGAUGUCACAAACCCGAUCGCAAAGAAUUCACCAAGGUGGCGUUCCGUACUGCGAUCGGUUUCGUGGUGAUGGGCUUUGUGGGUUUCUUCGUGAAGCUCAUCUUCAUCCCCAUCAACAACAUCAUUGUGGGAUCUGGUUAAGGUUGAACGAAAUUGCCAGCAUUUGAGAUGCGAAGCUGUCAGCAGAAUGGUGAAAGAGAGAAGACUAUUUUGACUUUAGGGUUUUCUUAGACAUUACCUUAGUGAAUGUUUAAUUUUCUCAACAAGAGUCGGAUUUUACUCAUUCUGGUUUAUGCCGGAAAUGUUUUAUGCAAUUUGAUACCUUUUUUGUUCUUCA